CCUGCUAUCUCUACGCAUUCUCCCUUCUCUCUCCUCUCUCUCUCUCUCUACUCUCUCCUCUCUCUCUCUCUACUCUCUCUCUAGCUUCUCUGAUACUUGCUUAAAUUGAUCUUUAAAUCCCCAUCCACUUUCCGUAUUCGAGGUUAUUCCGAAGCCUAUAUUAUCCCAAGAGUUUCUAUUUGUUGGUGGCCUUGCCAAACUAGCAGGGUUGUAAUAACCAGAGCUUAUUCUGCUAAAGAUCAUGGACAAUGAUUCAGGAAAUGCCAUACCAACUGACUGUUCCUUUGAAGAAGGCACUCCAAAAUACCUCACUGGGCUCAGCACAAUUAUGGUGGCCUCAAUUCAAGAACUAAAAGACCGAAUCUCUCAGAUAGAGUUCAUUUUCUGCCGCCAAAUCUUUCCUACCUAUCAAUCUGAACUGAAAACAUCAAGAGGCUUGCAAAAACUGCUUGUCAAAGAUAAGAAAGAUGCAGAAAAUGAGUGGAGAGAGAAAGAGCGCUCUUUGUUACUGUUAAUUGAAGACCUUCGCAAUGAAAAACAACAGGCCCAAGAAUUGAUUCAACAGGAGAAAGCAAAGUUGUUGGCAAAGUUUGAUACAGAAAAGGAAGAAUUGCUGAAAGCUCAUGAAGGGGAGAAACAUGCACUUUUUACAAGAUUGGACAAAUUAGAGAACAUUGGAGAGGUUGAGGAGCUUCAGAGACAGCUACAGUUAAAAAUAGAGGAACUCACCAAAUUAAGAGCAAAGCAUGACCUACUAAUGACUGACCUUAAAUGUAAAGAAGGACUUGCUAAAGAGUGGCUAGAAAAUUUUUUGAGAGUAGAUAAGGAGGCCCAAGAACAAAUUCAGAAAGAGAAAGAGAAGUUGGGAAAACUUUUCCUUAAUAAGAAGGAAAAGUGGAUAAAAACUGAGAAAUCUCAGCUCUUAGGUAGGUUGGAAAAGCUAGAAAAUGGUGGGGAGCUUUCUCAGCUUCGAGAAAAGCUUUGCCUGAAAGAAGUGGAAGUCAUCCAAUUAAAAAAAAUGAACCAAAAGUUAGCAGAGGACCUCAAAUCUAACGAUAAUGAGCAAAGGAUAAUUGACAUGCACCUGGAUAAUUGCAGAGAUCAGCUAAAGAGUACCAAAGAGAUAUCAGAGGGGAAGCUGAUAAAUGAAAGGAGAGAGAAGGCAUGUGUAAUUCAGGAAUUCGAGCUUCUGAAAAAGAAGUACAUCAGCCUACACUCACAGCAUAAAUUUCUUCGUGGCAAACUUGGUCUUUCAUUGGACAAGAGGCACAAUAUGAAUGUAGGGAGAGAAUCAUCUAUUCAUCCUCGGCAGGAAAACUUACCAGAUGAUGCAGGUCAGAACCCAAGUACCGCUCCUCUCUCUCCUCAAUUGGACAAACCUGAAAAGAACGGCGAUGCAGAAAUAGAACCAAAAACCUGUAUGGAACCAAAAAAAAUUAGAACCCCAGAAACAGCACCAGGCUUCAAUUCUGAAAAAAUAUCACCUGUUGCCCCUACAGAAAGCUCUAGUUCCAGAGCUCUAAAACGCCCCUUCAUUUCAAAGAUUGAAUCUCACUCUGGCCUAAAGCGCUCAAACUCCUCUUGGAGGGAUACUCGGGCCUGCCAAGAAUUAAAGGAAAAGGGAGACCCACAUGAUGAUUUUCUUGAUACCCCAAUGGAAAUGGUUCAUAUGAACUUGAAUAAAGAGCCUACUAAUGGGCUUGAACCUAAAACAGAGAGAGGAGGAGCUCAAUUAAUUGCAGUUCCGCCCCUGAAUGACAUGGAUUUCGAUAAUUCUGAUGAGGAUGAGACCCAGGAAUUUGACUCGAAUUCUUCAAAGGAAUUAAAAGCUUGUGAAGACCCAAAAUUGGAACCCAAAAAGAACAGUUCAACAAGUACAAGAGAAUUGAACAGAGGCUAUAAGUAUGUUGAACCGGUCAGGAAGAAAGAAGAAAGAGAAGCUCUUAAAGGGGCUGAGUGCAACCAGUGUAAGAAGUUUUAUGAUGCCAUUCUUCCAAAUGGUAAUAGUGAUAUUGUACGAUGUGAACAUAGAGAUGUGGGUUCGAGGCAUCGUUAUCGCUAUGCUCCUCCUUCAACUCCUGAAGGAUUUUGGAAUAUCGGGUUUGAUUCAGUUAUGGAAAAUUAGCAUGGCAGAAGUCUUGAGCUUAUGUGAACUGGUUCUUUGGUCAGUCAUUUGCGUUUCGGGCUUGGAUGUUUCUUUGAUCAUCUUACUCAUUCGACUGAAAUUUGGAAGGACAGUAUCUGUGCAUCCUACUCUUUUGUUCUUCCAUUGUUUCUAAACCAUCUCCA